GGAGAGUAGACCACAUCGAUGACAUCCACGAUAGUAAAUAUGAAGGACUCUCUAUCUUUCCCUGAAUUCAAAGGAAUCGAAGGCGAAAUGAAGUAUGACGACUUUGCAGUCACAAUACAUGGAAUGCUAAAGAAGUAUACGAACUAUUAUAGCAUACUUGUAAACAGCAGUCUCCGGCCAGCAACAGAAGUAGCAUCUGCUAGUAGUGGUACCAUCACCCAAUCUCAAUGGGACGAAGCUGACGCCAUUAUUUACUCUGCCCUAUCAAAAGCUCUAUGCAACAAUAGGAACGUUAUGCCACGUAUUACGGAACUUACCAAAAGUAGUAUUGCAUCGGCUAAAAGUAUGUACUCUCACGAGAUCUGGACCAUACUGAAAGAAUUCUAUAGUCCCAAGGAUGGUAGCAACUUGCUUCUGAAGCUCUCAGAAUGGAUGGGAGUAAAACAAAACAGCAUGUCUAUUGACCUUUACGGCCAACGGGUCGUCGCUCUAAACCGAGAUGUUAUAGAUAUUGUAAGCUCCCUAGAAGAAAAAGAUAUUGGAUCCGUCAUUCAACUGAUGUCCUCUCUUGUCUUUAUAAAUGGCCUCAACGAAAGUAUGCAAACUUUCAAAAGUGUAGCCCUAUCAUCGGACAAACCCAAACUUGAUCACAUUAUCACCCAGGCUAAGCGUGAAGAACGGUUGAGAGAAGCCACGCAGCCCCAUGAAGGUACCGAUAACGGCGCUUAUCCAGCUGCUGAAUCUCGUGGGAGAGGCCGUGGUCGUAACUUCACUAGAGGUCGAGGUGAUCGAGGUCGAGGUCGCGGUCGUGACGAUAACCGCCUCCCCAGAGACGACAGCAAAUGGUGUACACUCCAUGAAGUUAGCGGUCAUGACCUAGCAUCAUGUGUAACUCACAAACGAAAUCAAGAGCAGGGUAAAUCUGCAACCGAUAAACCCGAUAAUAGACAGGCCCGAGCAUAUCCAGCAGUCGAGCUCGCCUAUACAUCCACUUCUGGAUCUACCACUUGGAUUAUGGAUUCUGGUGCCACUAGUCAUAUGACAGACAACCGAAUGCUAUUUCACACUUAUCAAUCGAUCACUCCCCGCCCCAUUAUGGGCAUUGGAUCUCACACAAUCAACGCUAUUGGAAUUGGCCAUAUUCGCGCGAAUGUAGUAAGUAGUGAUACAGUAGCACCUAUAAAUCUCGUAGAUGUACUCCAUGUACCAGGGCUUCACCGCAAUCUUCUCUCCGCUAGAAAGCUUGUUGAAAGUAGUCAGAAGGACGUAGUUUUCAAGCCGGGUGGAAUCGUCACCUUAAAUCCGUCUAAUACGCUUACUAGUGUCUCUAUCAAAGGAGAUGGUCCACUCUACGAAAUCGAGAUUCAACCAUUGGUCACAGCAUUUGCUGCAACAACCCAUAACAUCUGGCACGCACGGCUAGGCCAUGCUUCAGCCAGCCGCAUGAAGGCCACCAGCCAUAUUGUAAACAGUGAAAUAAACACCGCUUCUCACUCUUAUCUCUGCAGUUGUACGGGGUGUGUUCUCGCCAAACAUCACAGAUCACCAUUUCCACAGCAGUCACCGCAUCGCGCUAAGAAGCCCUUCGACAUCAUCCAUACCGAUGUAGCUGGCCCUAUGGACGAAACGACUAUAGGAGGAAAUAAAUAUUUUGUCACUUUCAUAGAUGACUGCACAAGAUAUGUUUGGAUUUACUGCAUCAAAACUAAAAGCCAAGUUCACUCAACACUCGAAAACUGGUUGAAACUUGUCCAGACUCAAUUCGAAAGAACAGUCAAAUGUCUUCAUAGUGACAAUGGUGGUGAAUACAUCAAUAAGGCCAUGCUCAAAAGUCUUCGUCUCAACGGAAUGGUCCACCGAGUUACCACUCCCUACACCCCUCAACAAAACGGUGUGGCCGAAAGAUACAACAGAACCAUUAUGGAAGCUUCGGACAGUAUGAGAUUCCAUGCAGGUCUGCCUAUCGAGUUCUGGGGUGAAGCUACUAUGACUGCCUGUUACAUCAACAAUCGAUUGGCAACAGAUGCGCUUGCAAAACAAACACCACACGAAGCCCUCUUUGCUGAGAAACCCGAUAUUUCCCAUCUCAAAGUCUUCGGUUGUAUUGCUUGGCCGCUUAUCCCAAGUAGCACACGCAGAAAAAGACAAGAGAAAUCAACACCAUGUCUUUUUAUGGGAUACGAUGGAGCGGAUGGUAGGGGUAUCGCAGGAGUUAGAUUAUGGAAUCUUACUAAAUCUCGUAUGGACUACUCUAGAGACGUCUACUUUUGGGAGACAAAGUUUCUCAGAGACAUAGAUUCAACAAUUGCUUCACCAACCAUAUCAGAACCAACCACUCCCGAACCCAUGACAUCCGAGCACUCUGAUACCGAGCACCCAUCACCAACCAACGAUGACAUUAUAGAUGCUACAGACACUCUUGCAAGUGACGACGACUUCCAGAGUGCCCAUGGAUCACCAACUGUAACCAGGUCUAGACAUAAAAAGCUAGGUGGUGAACUACUAAAGGGUGUAUCCAAGCUGGCUAUCGAAGCGGAUGAAUGGGUACUUAUGGCGGAUUAUUCCAUCUUUGACGGUGAAUGGUCGCUCGCAGCAAAUGAUGAAUCUACCCCCAAUACUUAUAAGCAAGCUAUCAAAUCAUCAGAUUCUGACGACUGGAUGGAAGCUAUGAUCGAAGAAAUGUCCAACAUGAAAGCCAACCAUGUCUUUGAACUUGUGGAUUUGCCAAGUGGAACGAAACCAAUACCUACUCGAUGGGUGUAUGCAAAGAAACAGAACAAACAUGGGGUCACGGUCAGAUAUAGGUCUCGACUAGUCGCCAAAGGAUUUCUUCAAAGAGAGGGGGUCGACAUGGGUGAAACGUACUCACCAACUCUCCAAAUGGCAUCAGCUCGCAUGAUUAUGGACAUUGCCGCCAAGUUGGAUCUCGAGCUACAUCAGAUGGAUGUCGUUACUGCCUUUCUCCAAUGUCCAAUCGAUACUGAAGUAUACAUCAACCAGCCAGAAGGGUUUGUAGAUCCCAAACGACCCAAGGCAGUAUUGCGUCUUCGACGAGGUAUCUACGGUCUCAAACAAUCUCCUCGAUUAUGGAACCAGACAUACUCAGCUGCUCUAGUCAAACUAGGAUAUAAGCAACUUCGAACCGAUCCUUGUGUUUGGAUUCGACGCAGAAAGGACAACCUCACCAUACUUGGAGUCUUUGUCGAUGAUACACUACUAGCUGGAAAUACUCAAGCCAUCACAGAAGCUAAACGGGAACUUCACCAUGCCUUCAAGAUGACUGAUCAAGGCCAACUCAACUUCUUCCUUGGUAUGGAAAUAGUACGGGAUCGCAAAGCUAGAACCAUUAGCUUGAAUCAACGCCAGUACUUGAAGGAGAUGCUUCAAGAAUUCAGGAUGGACGACUGUAAUCCAACCAACAUACCAUGGCAACAUGGCCAAUACUUACCACCUCGAACACAAUUAGAGGAGCCAUGGGAUCUUCACCUAUACCGUAAAGCAGUCGGAUCUUUACUAUACGCCUCAAACAUGACCAGACCAGAUAUUGCAGCUGCCGUCGCUCAUGCUGGCCAAUAUAUGGGCCACCUCGGUCCGUCAAAGAAACACUGGGCAGCUGUCCUACAAAUAUUCAGCUAUAUCAAGGGUACAUUAGAUUACAGUCUUGUACUAGGAGGACUCCAUCAACAAAUUGAAUUGCUGGCUUACGCAGACGCUGAUUAUGCCAAUGACCAAUACGGACGUAGAUCUAGGUCAGGAUAUACUGUCAGUCUUGGUAUGGGGCCGAUAUGUUGGGGAUCAAAGAAGCAACAGUCUGUAGUCAACUCAACAACAGAAGCAGAAUACGUCGCUCUAGGCUAUGCUACUCAAGAAGUAUUAUGGGCACGUCAGUUCUUGAAAGAACUUGGCUUCGCACUCAAAAAGCCUACGAUAAUCUUUGAAGAUAAUCGUGGUGCUUGGCAUCUAGCACGAACCGACAGUGUCAACUCACGCACUAAACAUAUAGACAUCCGCCACCACUUCAUACGAGACUACCAUGCCAGUGGAGACAUUGAAGUCACCCAAGUCUCUUCAACUGACAACGUUGCUGAUAUUUUUACAAAAGGUUUACCUCUACCAGCAUUCCAAAAGUGUCGCAAAGGUCUCGCACUCAUGGAGGCGAGAGGGGGUGUCCGUGCGUGA